GAGAGAGAUAAAUGAGCUCACUAUCCGACUCCUCUGCAUCUGCCAAUGUUCGUAAUGAUCUCUGCUGUGACGUAGCACGGCGUGCCACCGCGCCACGUACACGCACGCACGCCGGCGGACGAGGAGAACGCGCGCGCGCCGGGUGGCUCGCCGCCUCAGUGUUACCGCCAUUUCCGGCCGUAUCAGUCUUGCUAGAAUAGAAGGCUACGGCCAGACUGGAUUUGUACUCAAACGGCUAGCUCGGCCCGAUAGCAUCCAGUCGUGCCGACCUCGAAUCAAUUCGCGAGCAAGCAACACGCACGGAGUAAGCUCUGAGGAGCACAGUGCAGUGCGUCCUACUCUGUUCGUGAUAAGAUGAUCACGACAUCACGUUGCAGUUUGCGACCCAAAGCAGCAGCCUCGGUAGCUUCACAUCACGUCGAACGUCGUGACUAGUCUUCUUGGUUCUUGCUGCUUCCACUUCUCGAUCAGCUAGAUCGUGCUCGUGCUGCUUCUUUCCGUCGCGAUCGGUUGCGUCAUCGCGCCGCGGAGAGGUCGACCGGUGGGAGCGCAGCGGGAUGCACCAGAUUGGGAGUGGCAUGUACGUGUCCGGCCAGGCGCCGGACAGGAAGAAGGAGCGGCGGCUGUCGUCGGGCUCGGUCGCCACACCACCGUACACGGGCGGGGACGUGGCGCGGUCGGGGGAGCUGGGCCGGAUGUUCGACAUCUCCGCGUCCCAAUCGCAGGCGCCGUCGCCGGCCUCGUCGCGCCGCAGCUCCGGGCCGCUGCCACGGCCGUCGCCGGCGUCCGGGCCGCUGUCGCAGCUCUCCCGCCCCGCGCUCCUCGUCGGGCCGUCGCCGUCUCCCGCGCCCUCGCCGGCACACGGGUCCUCGAGGAGGGGGAGCUGGAGGCGCGCCGGCGCCGAGAAGGAGGUGGAAGCGGAGGCCGUGGCACGCGGGAGGUCGAGGCUCGGCAUCCCGUUCGCGUGCUACGUGCUGGUGGCCGUGGCGACCGUGGCCGCAGUCGGCGCCGGGGUGCUCUGCCUCGUGUCGCGGCGCCGCUGGGAGGUGCUCGCCGUGGCGGGCGGCGCAGUGGCAGCCGUCGCGGCGGUGUUCGCGUGGAACGCGUGGCGGAGGGAUGCGGAGGCGGAGAGGUUCUUCCGGCGGUUCCCCGACACUGUGUUCGACGACGGGGACAUGCCUCUCGGCGAGCUCGUCAAGAUCACCGGGCAAGUCACCUGCGGCCGCCACCCUCUCGGCGCCUACUUCCACGACGCCGCCCGGUGCGCGUUCACGUCCGUUCAGCUGUUCGAGCGCCGUGGAUGGGCCCGUUGCUGCUGCUGCCGCCGGCGGUGGCAACUGAGACACUCUGAGGCACGGGUGACGAAUUUCUACAUCUCAGAUAGGAGCUCCGGGAAGAGAUUCUACGUGCGCGCCGGCGAAGGUGCAAAGGUCACUCCGAUGGUGAAACAGAAGACCAUCAGCUUCGACGGUGGCAGGAAGGGCGCGUCACGAAACUUGAAGAACUGGAUGUCAAGCAACGACUUGUCCUGCGACGGAGAUGUGCGCGUAAAUGAAGGGUUCAUCAGGGAGGGGGACACCGCAAGUGUGAUAGGUGUUCUGAAGAAGCAUCACGCCUACGAUAUUGUCGACGCGCCGGUCGCCGUGGUUGCCACCGGCUGCCAACCGACGAGGUGCAUGUUUCCCGUCCUUGUCGAGGGGCUGAUAUUGAUCGGAAGCGAAGACCCUGACGAGGCUGUAUAUAUGGUCUGAACUCUGAAUAUAUAUACAUACACUAAUGUAGAACUCUGCUACACACCCUGUGCUACUUUUCAAAGAUUUCUUGUUGAUCAUCAGGGAAGAUGAUGUUUUAGUACCUCUCCAUUUAGGGUUUCUGAUCAGAAAGGUUUACUACUCACAUAUAUAGUUGAUAGAAAUGGGACCAUGUAAAAAAAUCAUUGAGAAAUAAUGGGACCAUGUAAAUUUAAGUGGUAUUUGUAGGCUUGCUACCAGUACAGGUGUAAUUCUCAAUUUUUAAGGGAUUUUUUUGGAAGACUGCUCAACUGUUUGUUGGCAAAGGUUUGAAUUUACU